AUGGAGUUGAUUGAAGAAAACGAGGAGAAUGAAGAGGAGAAACAUCACGUCAAAACUGGAGAAAAACCUUUGAGUCGCUCUCAAACCAAAGAGAAAGAUUUAAAGAAAAGCAGAGACAAGAAAAGUUUCACCUGCACUCAGUGUGGAAAGAGUUUGGCAUGCAAACAGAGUCUCGAGUUUCACAUGAUGAUCCACACUGGAGAGAAACCAUACACAUGUGAUCAGUGUGAGAAGAGUUUCAGACAAUCAGCAAACCUUAAGAAACACAUGAACAUUCACACCAGAGAGAAGCUGCAUGAAUGUGAUCAGUGUGGAAAAACAUUUUUGUGGGCUUCAAACCUGAAGAGUCACCUGAAAGUUCAUUCAAAAGAGAAACCACAUUCAUGUUCUUUGUGUAGAAAGAGUUUUUCACUGCUGAAGAAUUUAAAAUUACAUCAGAAGAUACACACUGCUGUGAGAGAUUAUAUGUGCUUUGAGUGUGAGAAGACUUUUAUUACAGCUGAACAUUUGAAGCAGCACCAGAGGAUCCACACUGGAGAGAAACCUUACAUGUGUUCACACUGUGACAAGAGAUUCGCUCAGUUAGCAUCUCUGAAUUCACAUGAGAGGAUUCACACUGGAGAGAAACCUUACAAGUGUUCACACUGCGACAAGAGAUUCAUUCGGACAGCACAUCUGAAAUCACACGAGAGGAUCCACACUGGAGAGAAACCGUAUCACUGCACUGCAUGCGGGAAGAGUUUCACUCAUUCAUCUAAUCUAUGCAGGCAUAACAAAAAGAUUCACAGUCAGUAGAUCAUCUUCAGAUGCAGCACUUUCAGGUCUGACGCCUCAUCCUCACCAAACGUGACACAAUAAUGCGUCAAGCAAUAAAAUCUCGUCUAUAUAAAUCUGUCCUAACAAAGAAACAUCAUCUUAAGUCCCCAUGAACAAAGUUCAUCUUCAAGA